AUGUAGAACAGAACCGUGUAGCUUAAAGUCAGAACCGGUUCUAAAGGUUCCUCAGAUCCAGAACCGGUUCUUUAAGCUCAGCUCAGUGUCCGAUUCCACUGGAAGAACCAGGAUCAGCAUGGAGAUCUGAACCGGGCCUGGAUCAGACCUGGACCUGGUCUAGAUCAGACCGGCUGGAGAACAAUCAGCUGUAACAGAUCAAUAAUGCUGUAAACUGAAGAGAAAUGCGCAGAUAUAGAUUGAUAUUUAUUGAUCACAGUGUCGUUUAUGCUGUUUAAAGCGCAUUACUGCUUAAUGUGGACUUUGAUCUGUUGGGGAGAUAAAAAACCGGAACUGCUAUAAAGGCGUGUUUAUAUGCAGUAGCGCUGUUUAACCAGCAGGGGGAGCAACGGAGCUCAAGAUCACGUGGUGUGUUAGUGUUUUUAAUCCUGCUGUUUUAUAUUAUACUUAAAUAAUCUCUCUAUUCUGAUUCAGUAACAUAAUAAUAAUAAUAACAUUAAUUAUAAUAGAACAGUGUGUAUAUUUAUAAUGUUGUGUAAUGCAGUAAUAUUACUAAUAAUAAUUAAAUUAUAAUAAUUAUAAUAACAGUAAAUGUUUCUGUAAUCUGUAGAAUAAUGUGUAAUGAGGGUAAAUCACACUGUUAUGUAUCGUUCUCUGUUUGGUUUGUUUUGUUAGUUUAUCAGGUUUUGUUUAAUGCAGUUCUGAUGAUAAUGUCAUUAUUGUAAGAAUAAAGGUUUUAUUGUAACGGCUGAUCUGUUCUCAGGGGUCGGUGUCGGCAGUGUUCAGCUGUGUGUGAAUGAAGAAGAGUAAAUGAUGGAUCUUCAGAACUCCAGCAGUGGAGGAGGACCUCCUGUCCUAAAAAUAAACAACCAGGAUAUUUAAUAAAGAACAGUGUUAAACUGCUGAAAGAGGUGAAGCACAAGCCAUCCAGAAGAAUCUCCUGAAAACGCAGAAAUUGUUUGCUACAUUUCACAGACAGAUGGAGCCAAGUCCCAACAUGGAGAAAUAUCAGCACUCUGUCAAGAGUUUUACUAAACAGAGUGAUAUCAAAAAACACCAGCGCAUUCACACAGGAGAGAAACCGUAUCACUGCUCAGACUGUGGGAAGAGUUUUAAUCAACAGAGUAAACUCAAAAAACACCAGCGCAUUCACACAGGAGAGAAACCGUAUCAAUGCUCAGACUGUGGAAAGAGUUUUACUGAACAGAGUAAACUCAAAAUACACCAGCGCAUUCACACAGGAGAGAAACCGCAUCACUGCUCAGACUGUGGGAAGAGUUUUAAUCAACAGAGUAAUCUCAAAAAUCACCAGCGCAUUCACACAGGAGAGAAACCGUAUCAAUGCUCAGACUGUGGAAAGAGUUUUACUGAACAGAGUAAACUCAAAAUACACCAGCGCAUUCACACAGGAGAGAAACCGUAUCAAUGCUCAGACUGUGGAAAGAGUUUUACUGAACAGAGUACUCUCAAACUGCACCAGCGCAUUCACACAGGAGAGAAACCGUAUCACUGCUCAGACUGUGGGAAGAGUUUUAAUCAACAGGGUCAUCUCAAAAAUCACCAGCGCAUUCACACAGGAGAGAAACCGUAUCAAUGCUCAGACUGUGGAAAGAGUUUUACUGAACAGAGUAAACUCAAAAUACACCAGCGCAUUCACACAGGAGAGAAACCGCAUCACUGCUCAGACUGUGGGAAGAGUUUUAAUCAACAGAGUAAUCUCAAAAAACACCAGCGCAUUCACACAGGAGAGAAACCUUAUUACUGCUCCGAUUGUGGGAAGAGUUUUACUGAACAGAGUAGUCUCAAAAUACACCAGCGCAUUCACACAGGAGAGAAACCGUAUUACUGUUUCGACUGUGGGAAGAGUUUUACUCAACAGAGUAAUCUCAAAAUACACCAGCGCAUUCACACAGGAGAGAAACCGUAUCACUGCUCAGACUGUGGAAAGAGUUUUACUAAACAGAGUAAUCUCAAAAAUCACCAGCGCAUUCAAACAGGAGAGAAACCGUAUUACUGUUUCGACUGUGGGAAGAGUUUUACUGAACAGAGUAGUCUCAAAAUACACCAGCGCAUUCACACAGGAGAGAAACCAUAUUACUGCUCAGACUGUGGAAAGAGUUUUACUUUACAGAGUACUCUCAAAAAACACCAGCGCAUUCACACAGGAGAGAAACCGUAUCACUGCUCAGACUGUGAUAAGUGUUUUACUACACAGAGUCAUCUCAAACUUCACCAGCGCAUUCACACAGGAGAGAAACCGUAUCACUGCUCAGACUGUGGGAAGAGUUUUAAUCAACAGGGUCAUCUCAAAAAUCACCAGCGCAUUCACGCAGGAGAGAAACCGUAUCACUGCUCAGACUGUGGAAAGAGUUUUACUUUACAGAGUACUCUCAAAAAACACCAGCGCAUUCACACAGGAGAGAAACCGUAUUACUGUUUCGACUGUGGGAAGAGUUUUACUGAACAGAGUAAUCUCAAACUGCAUCAGCGCAUUCACACAGGAGAGAAACCGUAUUACUGUUUCGACUGUGGGAAGAGUUUUACUCAACAGAGUAAUCUCAAACUGCACCAGCGCAUUCACACAGGAGAGAAACCGUAUCACUGCUCAGACUGUGGGAAGAGUUUUACUAGACAGAGUGAUCUCAAAAAUCACCAGCGCAUUCACACAGGAGAGAAACCAUAUCACUGUUCAGACUGUGGGAAGAGUUUUACUUUACAGAGUGAACUUAUAUUACAUCAGUGCAUUCACAAAAGAUAGAAAAGUAUCCCAAAUCUGUUCCUCUGCCGUAAAAAAUGCAAACCUUAAAUCUUUCAGACAGCCAAAAACACCUCAUCAUGCACAAAAUCUUCACUCUGUUACAAGAACUUCAUUUAAAAAUGGCUUUUUACAGGUUCAGAAAAAUGAAUCUUAUCCAGAGAUGAUGUUUACUGAAUUUCAUGCUGUGUUUUUAUGUUUGUUUGUAUACCUACAUUAGUUAAUGCCUGCAGAGCUCUUCAACACUUAGUGUUGUGUUUUAAGAAGUUUUUACACACAGAAUCAUAAAUGGUACCACUAACAGCAUAAACUAGGAACAUACAUUUUUACAAUUUUUUCAGUGAUAUGCUGAAUAAAUAGUAAAGCGAU